AUGGCCUCCAGGACACUGCUUCUUGUAUGCGUCACCUUCCUCGCAGUGACGUCUGCCUUCGCGCAGCGCGGCCCGCCUCGCGGAGGCCCGCCCGGCGGUCAGGGGCCGCCAGGGGGACGGCGCGGCGGAGGUCCUGGCGGGCGCGGCGGGCCUGGCGGUGGCCCUGGCGGAGACCCACGCGGUCCUCCGCUGAACCUGACGGCCGUCGGAAAUCUAACGGCGGACGUUGGCGCCCAGCUGAAGAAUUGCUCGGCGGACCCGACCUUCGUUGACGGCCGCUUCCACCUCACCGUCUUCAAAAUCUCAUCUCUCUGCCUUCCGCACCCUCCUUCCCGCCCCGUUCGUCCCCGCAGGAACUCCACGGGCAACUACAACCUCCUCGUCGACGCGCUUCUCGUCGGAAACGACGUCGCCGCCGGCCCGCCCGACUCGAUCGCGAUCGUGCAGGGCGCCGUGUGCGACUCGGCCGCGUCCGCCGCCGCCGUGCUCUCGCUGCCCUUCGCCGCCUCCGAUUGGCUGCAGCGCGCCGGCUGGUGGCUGCUGCACGCGGAGGCGCGCCUCGACGCGUUCCUCGAGAACGCCGACGCGACCACCGUCGACGCGCUGCUCGCGCUCCUCCCCAACGCGUCGCUCCCGCGCAGCAACGGCGGCGGGCGCAACGGCGGAGGCAGUUCCGGGGGCGCAGGGGGCGCGGGAGGCGCGCGGAACGGGCAGGGCAGCAGGCGCUUGGGGCUGGACGUGGGGAGGGUGGGGAGGAUGCUGAUGCGCGCAAUGGCCCGCAGCCCCGCCAAGCAGGGUGGGCAGCAGCAGGGCGGGCAGCAGCAGGGCGGGCAGCAGCAGGGGGGUAACGGAGUGAACAGCACGGUGAGCGGAUAUGCUGUGCUGGCUGGGAACAGCGCGUCGAGCGUCAUCUGGGGCGGGCAGCUCCUGGGAGUCAAAGCCCCCUCUGCUGCUGCUGCAGCGUAA